AGUCAUCAAGUCUCACCAUUUGCCAGUCUUCCUGUGUGAGACCUCUGGGCCAUGUUGUUGUCUUCCACUGGUAAAAGGACUCCAGAAGUCUUUCAGUUGUGCCUAAUGAUGUAACAUACCGUGAUGGUUAUUUCAUUUUGGAAUUGGGCUUUCUGUGAGAAAUUCUUUCUUUUGUACUGUUAUGCUCACAGUAUUAUGAGGCCAAAGUCAAGAUCAGAUUUGGAGUUUCUUUGGAUGAUGUUAAAACGUUUUGGAGUAAAACUACCAUCAUUAUCGUCUGUUUUAUCCUUCAAAAUGAAGGGUUUAGAAGAUAGUGUGCCAUUAAAAAAGAGUUAUGGAAACGGACAUCCUUUCUAUUGGAUCGCUCCUUCGGAUAUUAUCAAAUUGCAGAUGUCAACACCAUCAAUUGCAACUCAAUUGGCCAGAUAUCCAGAGAAAACCGACAGGUUGAUUAAACAACUUUAUCAAGGGCGAAAAUGGCAUAUUGCAGGUCAGCUCCAAACAUCCUCGGCUACAAUCAAUGGAAGAACAUAUUAUGUGAAGGAUUUAGUCAUUUACAAGAAUGGUGAUGUAUGUCAUGGAAAGAUCAACAGGUUCUUUAUGAAGAAUGUCCAUGGUUCCUUGCGAUAUUUCGUUAAAGUUACCAAAACGAUAGUUCUGGAACCUUUCUCGCUGGCCAUCACACGGGACCACGAAGAGGUUCCCAUAGAAAGUAUUGCAAUGUUGUCUGCCUACAACAUCCGUUUCCAGGAAGUUAAUGAUGAAAUUGCCCCACCCUCUGAUGCGGUAAUUACUUUCAACACGUAA